GUUUGUUGGUAGUCGGGUAUUUUUUAAACAUCAAAAUUCUAACCUUAGAUAAUUUUUAAACAAGUCAUUUAUACUAAUUAUAAGUUCAUAAUAUUGAACUGCAUGAAUUAAACUAUAUUUUUGUAGUAUAAAAUAUGCUAGUCUAUUUCAGUUUAUUAAUCUUUUUCUUUAUAAAAUUGUGUUCAACAGUUGAUUUUGAUCCUUUGGGAUACAUAUUGUAUUGUCCUUGCAUGGGAAGAUUUGGUAACCAAGCAGAUCAUUUUUUGGGUGCACUUGGAUUUGCACAAGGUUUAAAUAAAACUCUUGUGUUACCCCCUUGGGUAGAAUAUCGAUAUGGCGAACCAAAGUCUAUACAAGUGCCUUUUGAUAAGUAUUUUAAAGUUCAGCCAUUAAGAGAAUAUCAUAAGGUUAUAACAAUGGAGGAGUUUAUGAAAGAUGUGGCUCCUUAUGAAUGGCCUGCAGGUAACCGAACAUCAUUUUGCUAUAUGAAAAGAGGCACAAACAAUUCCUGCAAUGCUAAAAAUGGUAAUCCUUUUGGUCCUUUUUGGGAUACAUUUAAUGUGGAUUUUAGUAACUCUGAGUUUUAUAGUCCCUUACAUUAUGAUGUACACAAUGAGCAUAUGGCAAAGCAGUGGAAAAACAGAUAUCCACCUCAAGAGUGGCCUGUAAUGGCAUUUACAGGUGCUCCAGCAAGUUUUCCAGUACAAGCAGAAAACAAGAAUUUACAUAAAUACCUGCAGUGGUCUGAACAUAUUGAGAAUGAGACUGAUAAAUUUAUAAAAACUCAUUUGCCCAAAGGAGCUUUUAUUGGUAUCCACUUACGAAAUGGUAUGGAUUGGGUCAGAGCUUGUGAGCACAUACCAGAGAGCCCAAAUUUAUUUUCUGCUGCUCAAUGUGUAGGCUAUAGAAAUGAACGAGGAAAGGCAACCACUGAUAUGUGCUUGCCUUCAAAGGAAAUAAUUAUUAGACAAAUAAAACGCGUUAUUAAAUCUAUUAACAAUUCUGUUAAUAAUAACAAUGAUAGAACUAUUAAAUCUAUAUUUGUGGCAUCUGAUAGCAACCACCUGCUGAUUGAGUUAAGGGAUGGUUUAAGAAGGAUGGGUGUAAAAGUAUUAACAAAUAAAAAUAGCACACCUCAUAUUGAUUUGGCCAUAUUGGGCAGAUCUAAUCAUUUUAUAGGAAAUUGCAUAUCUUCAUUUAGUGCCUUUGUUAAAAGGGAAAGAGAUCAAAAAGGAUUUCCUUCUACUUUUUGGGCUUUUCCUCCAGACAAAAUUAAAAACACUACAGGACAUGAUGAACUUUAGAAUAUAUUUGUAAAGUAUUAAAGUGCUUUCCUAAUUAUAAAGAAAUAUACCACUUGUAUGCAGCUUUUUGCAACUUUUUUUUGUUGUUGUUUACUCUGUAUAAAACAGUGAUAUUUUCAUUAUACACUUUUGGUAAUAAAUAAUAACACCACAAUUAAAUUUAAAAUAA